AUAAUCUUUAUUAAACUUUUUUUCAAGUCCUAAUAUGUAGUGAAAAACCCGGAAACGUGGUGUAAACUCCGGAAUAAACAUUUAACCCUUGUCACGUACUGAGGUUAUCCCCGUUAAAGUGUACAAAUAGGUCUGAAGGUCUGGUGAGAGGCAUGAGCGGUACAGUCAGGCAGAUCACUGUUACAUCUGACCCAGAUACCCCUUACUUCCUACAGGUAGACUGGGGUGUAGACCUGGGUGCUGGGUUCACAUUAGCUCUUACUGAUGGAAGCUCUGCAUGGAUUGGAGAAGUUUCAGAAGAUGAGGUGAUGAGAGAAGUCUGCGAGUUGGGAGUCACAAGAGAGCAGUAUGUUGAAGAUCUUGUUCACGUGUUCGCUGGUGGAGGAAGAGGAGCGGAAGGGAGAAACAUGAGCGACAAAGAGGAGUAUUCCUUCCAGCUUGCGCCAGACCACAGUCGUCUCUCAUAUCAGAAGAUCUGCAACAACAUCUCGGUACAUUUGGGCACUGUGGAACUCCAGCUUGCUCCAGACUCCUUGGAGCUGACUCGAGACAUGAUUAGCCAGUCAUUAAAGCGCAACAUGGUACUGGAAUCAAAAAACAUCCAGCUAUUGCAAGAGAACAACAGGCUGAAACAAGAGCAUGAGCGGAUACUCAGAGACCUGGAGAAGCAAGUCAAGGACAAAGAAGCAAUGGAGAGGGAGCUGUACUCACAUUUUGUUCUGGUGCUGAAUGAGAAGAAAGCCAAAAUCAGAGGCUUGCAAGACACUGUUCGUCAGCUCCAGCACACCAAUGACCAUCAGAGUGAAGAGCGAAAUAGUGACAGUGACCCAACUCAGGUGAAACAUGGCAAUUGGAACCAAAAUGAGGAGGCACUUCAAAGCAUCAAUCCAUCCCAGGACCCAACGAUCCCUGUCACAGAGCAUAACCUGGGAUGCAGUGCCAUUUACUUGGAUCACAAUGUUUCAGAUGAUGAGACUCUGCAACCAAGAAGGAAGUGCCGAUUUCGUCACACGCAGAAAUCAGAAUCUGCUGAUCAGGAAUAAAUUCACAGGGAAGGUCUGCAAAGCUCUCCUGUACUGCAGAACUAAGAAGCCUAACCUUCAGACUACCCCUGUGGAGCUGCUUUGAGCUCAUCAGCAGCAGCAAAUAUUCAUCACACAAAUCCUCAUAUUUACAAUUAAGUGAUGAUCGCUGGGAGCCAAGAUACCAGGAUAUGUGAAUUCGGUGGGUGAGCCAGCAAUUCAUAAUCACAUUCCAUUACAGUUGCCAUGGCAAGUGUCAGUUAACAAAUAGAUUUUGGGGCAGUAGGCUGCUUUCAGACAUUUAACCCUGUGCCUCUCAUAAAAAGCUGUAGAGGUACCUCGUGAUUUGUAGUGGUGAGGUAGUCGCAAUGGCCCCAUUCUGUUUCGUUAUCCAUUGGGCAAGGUCCUUAACUUAGCACAUUGUAGAAUGGGUGCAGUGUUGGUUGUGACUAAACAGUCAAAUUUAAGACUUAGAGAUACAGUCGCAGUUCUGGCAGACAAACUGCUCCUCAUAUAAGGUUUAUAAGAAUUCACAAGUGGCCUUCCUCUUUGCCAUUUUCACCUUCACUAGGUGGAUUAUCCAUUACUCUCCACGUUGCAUAAAUUGAAGGAGUGAAUUAAAAAUAUGCUUAAUGGAAAAAGAAUUAAAGAUUUCCAUCCAUCCAUCCAUCCAUCCAUCCAUCCAUUUUCUUCCACUUUAUCCGGAGUCGGGUCGCGGGGGCAGCAGCUCAGGCAAAGCCGCCCAGACCUCCCGAUCCACA